AUGGUAGCCUACAAGUCACCUGAAUCCACAAAAAGUGACCGCGUAACAAGGAAGACAGAUGUGUGGAGCCUUGGGACUCUAAUACUCGAGUUGCUCACAGGACGACUUCCAGCUAACUAUCUGAAACAGGGUAGAGGACCAAAUGCAGAUUUGGCAACCUGGGUUAAUUCUGUUGUGAGAGAAGAGUGGACCGGUGAGGUAUUUGAUAAGGACAUGAGUUUAGGAAGGUAUGGAGAAGGUCAGGUUCUCAGGCUACUGAAGAUUGGAAUGUGCUGCUGUGAAUGGAAUGUGGAGAGAAGGUGGGAUUUGAAGGAGGCUAUUGAGAAAAUUGAAGAAUUGAAGGAAAGGGACAAUGAAGAUGAAUAUUCUUCCUACACAAGUGAAGGAGAAAUAUAUUCCUCAAGAGCACCAACUGAUGAAGACUUUUCAUUUUCUAAAGCAUAA